GAUGGCGGUGGGCGGCGGCGCCCGGCCGGGCCGGCGGUGGCUGCCGUGCGUGUCGCUGUGCGCGGCGCUGCUUUUGCUGCUCUCGCGGGCGGCGUGGGGCUUGACCGAGGGCCUGUACUGCGGGCGCCGCGUCUGCUACGAUGUGCUGGGCGUCAGCCGGCAGGCUAGCAAGGCGGAGAUCGCCCGCGCCUACCGGCAGCUGGCCCGCAAGUACCACCCCGACCGUUACCGCGGGGAGCCGGCCUCGCCGGGCGGCGGCCCUCAGGCGGCGCACGAGAAGUUCCUCCUCAUCGCCACCGCCUACGAGACCCUCAAGGAUGAAGAGACUCGCAAGGAUUACGACUACAUGCUAGAUCACCCUGAAGAGUAUUACAGGCAUUACUAUCACUACUACAGCAGGAGACUGGCACCUAAAGUGGAUGUCAGAAUCGUGAUUCUAGUUACAGUAUGUGCCAUCUCAGUGUUUCAGUUCUUCAGCUGGUGGAGUAGUUACAAUGAAGCUAUCAACUACCUAGCUACAGUGCCAAAAUACCGUAUACAAGCUACUGAGAUUGCCAGGCAGCAAGGUUUACUCAACAAGACUAAAGAAAAAGGCAAGAACAGGCGGUCUAAAGAAGAAAUUCGUGAAGAGGAGGAGGAAAUCAUCAAAGACAUUAUUAAAAAUAAAAUAGAUAUAAAAGGCGGUUAUCAGAAGCCCAAGAUCUAUGAUAUACUUCUGUUUCAGAUCCUUCUGUUUCCUUUUUACCUGUGCAAAUACAUAGCUUGGUCCUGUUGGUGGAUUUAUUGUUUCCGUAUUAAAGGGCAAGAGUAUGGUGAAGAAGAGAAGCUGUAUAUCAUACGAAGGUACAUGAAGAUGUCUCAGUCUCAGUUUGACAGCCUGGAAGAUCAUCAGAAAGAGACCUUCCUUGAACGGCAGCUGUGGGUACGAGAGAACUACGAGGUCUAUAAACGAGAGCAAGAGGAGGAGUUGAAGAAGAAGAUGGCUAUGGAUCCUCGAUGGAAGAGAUACCGGCGGUGGAUGAAGAACGAAGGGCCUGGAAGACUGACUUUUAUCGACGACUGAAAGUUGCUGAACCAAAUCUGUGCUGAUGUUGAAAGUCAUUUGCAGAACUUUUCACUACAGAACUUUUCACUACAUCAUUUGGAGUUUUGUCUGCUGUGUCUCAGCAGUGAUCAAAACCUCAGGAAUUAUUAAAUCAGGCUGAAAAAUAAUACAGGUUUACCAUUUUUAUAAGUCAGACCUAUUAAACUGGCUCAGCUCCAUGUGUGUAUGCCAUUUACUUGGGGAUCUCAGUAUGGAAUUCAUAAUUCCAAUGUAUUUUCUCUACAUAUUUUAUGUUCAUGAUCAGUGGAACUCUUAAAUCUUUUAUGAAAAUGUUUCUAGAUCAGUCCUUGAAAGUUCUGGUUUUCCAUUAUUAAACUGAAGUGUUCCUGCAACUGGACACUGGAAAUGCUUAUAAAAGAUUAUGAAGGAAGAGCCAUGUUCUGUUUCCUUCUCUCUUUCCUUUUGUUUUUCAAUCUAAUUAUU